AUGACGGCGGCCUGCCCCGCCCUGCCGCAGGAGGCGGCGGCCGACGGCGACCCCGCGGCCAACAAGCGGCACCGCUUGGUCGCGGCGGCGGCGGCGGUCCUCGAUUCCUCGGGCCGCCUGCUGGUCCGCGAGCACCCCGGGCAGCCUGGCGCCUGGGUCUGCCCGCAGGGCGGUGUGGGCGCCGAGGAGAGCUCCGCGGAGAGCGUCGCCGGCGCGGCGGCCAGGGCUCUGCUGGAGUCCACGGGGCUCACGGAGGCACACGUCGUGCCCGCGGCGGCGCAGGGGGCCGACGAGGGCGACGGCGCGGCCGAGCGGCAGCUGCGCUGGGCCCUGUUCUUUGUGGCGGACGCCCACCUCGACGCCGACCCGGCGCGCACCUGCCGGCCGCGCGAGGCCGGCGGCGGCGCGGGCGAGGCGCUCGCGGCGCCCUGCGGGGUGCGGUGGGCGCCGCUGGACGGGGUCGUGGCGCAGGCGCGCGAGGAGGAGCGGGCGCUCCACGCCCGGCUCCAGGAGUGGGCGCGUCCUCUCCUCCGGCAGCGCGGCGAGGGCUGCGCCGCCCUGGACUUCUCCGGCACCUGGACGCGCACCUCGGCCGCCCGCGCCGCCAAGGGCGUGGUGGCAGGGCUGCUGGCGCGCGGGCAGUCCGCCGAGGACGCCGCGCGGAAGGCCGCAUCGCCGUACGUGCAGCUCUGGGAGCGGUCGCCAGAGGACCCGCUGCACUGGGUCGUCACCACCUACAAGGCGGACGGCGUCACGCCCCGGCGGAAGCUGCUGUACCCGACCGGCGAGUGGGAUGAGGAGUGGGGCCACGAGGGCGCCCCCAACGGGCACACGGCGCCCUCGACGAUCUUCGGCGCGGCCUGUGGCAAGGUGCGCCGCCGGACGGUGUAUCUGGCGGAGAGAGCAUGCCGACGGGCGGGCUGGGCGCACUCGACGCUAACGCGGACCCCGCUCGGGGAGGAGGAGUCCCCGCCGGUACCUGGAGGUCGGGAGGAUGAUUCUGCGCCGCAGCUUCUGGAGCUCCAGGGAUCCGCCGGGCUCGUCGCCGACGACCUCCGUGGAGGUGUUCGUGCGCCUGUGACCGCAGGGCGCAGCGCUGGAGCUCGGCGUCGCAGGACCCUGGGACCCUGGCGUUUUGCAGGCUGGGCGUUUUCGCUUGGUUUCCGGCCCCGGCGCCCAAGGGCCUGCCAGGCGCGUCCCCGACGACCUCCGUGGAGGUCUCUGUGCGCAGGGGGCGGCGGGGCGCAGCGAUGA